UGAUAGAUUUCCUGAGAGGACAAAAAACGGGACCAGAUGGGGCCAGGUGCAUUAUAGCGCAGUUGCAAGCGACUCGGAGUGAGGUAAGAGACACAACUCACUUGUUUAACAUUAGGAAAGUUGUCCAGUUCUCCGGCACCAUGACAGUUGCUUGGAUUGUUUUGGCGCUCGUAUUGUUCAGUCAGCUACAGUGGACAGCAGCUGAUCCUGGCGCAGGACUGCACACAUGGGACAGAUUUAGCAAACUUCCAUAUCCCGGUGACAAAGCCUUCCUUUAUGACAUUUUCCCUGAGAAGUUUAUGUGGGCUGUCGGCACCGCUGCAUAUUCAGUCGAGGGAGCCUGGGAAAAAGAGGGGAAGGGUAAGUCUAUCUGGGACACUUUUACUCGCGGAGGGACCCGUGUAUCCAGAGGCGACGUGGGCAGUGACAGUUAUCACAACAUCCCGGGGGACCUCCGAGCCCUGCAGCAACUUGGAGUCAGUCACUACCGGUUUUCUCUGUCCUGGCCGCGCAUCUUCUCCAAUGGCACCAAAGAAAGUUACAACGAAAAAGGUGUGGAAUAUUAUAAAAGUCUAAUUCGAGGUUUGAAGGAUGUGAAAGUGCAACCUGUUGUGACUUUAUAUCAUUGGGACCUGCCAGACAGUUUGCAAACCCUCUUUGGAGGCUGGAGCAAUUCGGUUAUGGUGGAUCUGUUCAGAGAAUAUGCAGAUUUUUGUUUUAAAACAUUUGGAUCGGAUGUGAAAUUUUGGAUUACCAUUGACAAUCCUUUUGUUGUGGCCUGGCAUGGAUAUGGAACUGGGGUUGUGGCUCCUGGUAUCAAAAAUGACUCAGAUUUGCCUUUCAGAGUGGGACACAAUCUUCUGAAGGCUCAUGCUGCAGCCUGGCACUUAUAUGACGACCGGUAUCGUUCCCGUCAGGGUGGGCUAGUGUCCAUGGCUCUGGCCUCCCACUGGAUCAAGCCUAGCAGAACCAGGCAGGAGAACCGCAGAGCCUGCCAGUGUUCCCUGGACUUCGUGCUCGGCUGGUUCGCCCGUCCGUUGUUUGUGGAUGGAGACUAUCCACCCUGCAUGAAACACAAUCUGACCCACAGACUGCCGUCCUUCACUGGGGCUGAGAGCGUGUAUGUUAAUGGUACAGCGGACUUCUUUGCCCUGUCUCAUGGACCGGCUCUUAGCUUUCAGCUGAUCAAUGACAGUCUGCGCUUCGGCCAGACAGAAGACCUAGGUCUGAGGAUGCUUCUGUACUGGGUCCGUGCCGAGUACAACAAUCCUCCCAUCUUUGUAGUGGAGAGUGGCUGGUAUGGAAGUGGCAACACGAACACAAAGGAUGCCAAGCAUAUGUACUAUCUGAAGCGCUUUAUUAUGGAGACUCUGAAAGCAAUCCGUUUUGAUAGAGUAAAUGUGAUUGGCUACACAGCCUGGUCUCUGCUGGACGGGUAUGAGUGGUACCGGGAAUAUGGAAUACGACGGGGGCUAUUCUUUGUGGAUUUCAACACUCCUGAUCUGAAGAGAGAGCCGAAGACAUCUGCCACUUUCUAUAGCAAACUAAUAGAGAAGAAUGGCUUCCCUCAGCUUCCCGAGAACCGCCCUGCACAGGGUGUCUUUCCAUGUGACUUUGCCUGGGGAGUGGCUGCCAAUUCCAUACAGGUUGACACUACACCAACCCAGUUUGCUGACCCUAGCAUUUAUAUCUGGAACAUCUCUGGUAACGGAGAGUUGAAAAAGGUCCCUGGUGUGCAGGCGCCCCCUAUGCACAGGCCACGCCACUGCGCCGACUACGGCAGCAUCCUCCAGCAGGUGUCUGAUGUGCACCGGAUCAAAGUCUCACACUUCCACUUCUCCCUCAACUGGUCCUCCGUCGUCCCAACAGGCCGGGUGUCUGAUGCUAACGAAACACUGCUAAGAUACUACCAUUGCUUUGUUAGCGAGCUACAUAAGGUUAACGUAACCCCUGUUGUGACCCUUUGGCACCACACAGGGAAACUAUCCAGCCUCCCGGCAUCCAGGGAGGCUGGUGGGGGCUGGCAGAGCGAGGAGACAGUCCAGGCAUUUGCAGACUAUGCCAGGUUGUGUUUCCAACGGCUGGGAACUCAUGUCAAGCUGUGGAUCACUCUGAAUGAGCCUAACGAUGAGGAUCUUGAAUACACUGUGGGCCACCAGCUUCUUCGUGCGCACGCGUUAGCUUGGCACGUCUACGACAGCGAGUUUCGCAAAGCCCAAGGUGGAAAGGUAUCGCUGGUUCUUCAUAUGGACUGGGUCGAACCUGCGUUUUCCUUCAGCAGGGAGGAUGUGGCGCCUGCAAACCGAGUCCUGGACUUUCGAGUCGGCUGGUUUGCUGAGCCCAUCUUCGGUAGAGGUGAUUACCCAGCGGUGAUGCGUAGCUGGCUCCAACAGCGAAACAAUAUCGAUCUCUUCAACUACCACUUACCGACCUUCAGCAAAGAGGAUCAACUGCUGGUAAAAGGAACCUACGAUUUCUUCGCCAUCAGCCAUUUUACUACCUCAAUGGUAUAUGAUGGAGUGGAAGACAAAUACACCUUCAAGGACAAGUUGCAGGUUCAGUUGAUAUCUGACGUGACCUGGAUCAUGUCUCCAAGACGCAACUCUCCUGUGGUCCCCUGGGGUCUUCGCAAGGCACUGAACUGGGUUAACUCCCGAUACAAAGGGGUUCCCAUUUAUGUGAUGGCCAAUGGUGUUCAAGAGGACACCGCUAGGUUUAAGGAUAGCUUGCGCGUCUACUACCUAUACAACUACAUUAAUGAGGCCUUGAAAGCAUAUACGCUAGAUGGAGUCAAUCUAAAGGGCUAUUUUGCAUAUGCAUUCAGCGACCAGCGGGACCCAGGCUUUGGCAUGUACGGUCACGUGCAGGAGGAGGUCAUUCUGAAAUCUUCACUGGCCCAUUACAAAAACAUCAUCCACCACAAUGGCUUCCCUGCCACAGGCACACCUCAGCAACAAUGUGCCCAUGCUCCAGUGCACAGCUCUGGCCGUUAUGUCCUCACCAAGCAGCCGGUCGUUGGCUUUCUCUCUCUGGUGAGCUCUUGCAUGCUGAUCACAGUGUGCCUUAUUAUCUACUACGCAAUAAAGAGGCACAAAUUAGCCACCAGAAAAUGAAGGGAAAUGGUUCCAGUGGACUCUUAUACUUUUAAUUUAUUUAUUUUAAUGGUUAGUUUAUGACACCCUACAUAACACUGCUUUUAACUCAACAUGAGCCUGACCACUUAUUUAAUUUUAGCAUUAUCAUGUAAAACCACUAUUUAUUUGUAAAAAAUAAAAUAUGUGUAUUAUUUGGGCACGUUUGUUAUUUCACAGGGGGUUGUAAAAACAA